CACAACUUACACCCUCCCUUUUGCACUUUGUAUGUCGCCUCUCAUCGCCUUCACCUAAGCUCAAUGUCUAAAAUCUCACCUUGACUCCGUUCGAUAUCUUCCUGCUUGAACUCUGCAUUAACCCCGCACACCUCAAGCUCCCUCCUCUUGUCCACCAACCAUCAUGGCCACCACUGCAUCUUGGCUCACGCAGAACUUUGGUGAUGAUGAUGGCGAAUCUGACACAGAAUUCAACCCUGGCGCUGGUGGUGGAUCAGAUGAUGAAGAACCUCAAGAGUCCAAACCCCGUCCUUCCAAUGGUCGAUCUACUUCAGCCCACCGACGAUCCUCAGACUCCGACACAAACGCUAAACGUGAUGGAGACGACGAAGACGACGACGCAAAAGAUGACAUCAAUGGUCGCAAUGGACAUGAUGAUGGAGACGAUGACAACGACCAAGAAGCCCCCGAUGGCCAAGACGAUGAGGAUGAUGAAGACGACGACGAAGAGGAGGACGAGGAGGACGAAGUCACAAGUCGACCUCGAAAGCGUAGGAGACGAGGCUUGAAUCAGUUUUUUGAAGAAGAGGCCGAAGUCGACGAAGACGAUGACGAACUCGAAGCCGACGAGGAAGACCUUGGCCCCGAAUUCAUUCAAGACACCCAUCCUGACGACGAUCUCCCUCCCGAAGCCGACCAAGAUGAUCGCAGGCACCGAGAACUUGACCGCCAACGACAACUUGAGGCCUCUAUGGACGCCGAGAAACAAGCUGCCGCCUACAGAGAGAGGUAUGGCCGGAGGACAACCACUGCCCUCAGCAAUAGUUCCUUUGUUCCUCAAAAUCUGCUCAUGCCCGACGUCAAUGACCCGAGUAUCUGGGGAGUCAAGUGUAAGCCUGGAAAGGAAAAGGAGAUUGUCAUUAAGCUUAACAAAAAGUUCAUCGAGUCCGCAAAGAGCCGGAAUCCCAUGCGCAUCUGCUCCGUUUUCGAAAGAGGCGAUGGCCCGAUGGCGGGUUAUAUCUUUGUUGAAGCGAGGCGGAAGCUUGACGUUGACGACGCCCUGAAUGGAGUCUCGGACGUCUACCCACGCUCCAAGAUGAACCUUGUUCCUGUCAAAGAAAUGCCUGACCUGCUGCGAGUCACCAAAACAAAGGAGCUCGAAGUCGGUGGUUACGUGCGGAUCAAACGUGGCGUCUACACCGGCGAUUUGGGAAUGAUUGAAGAUGUCGAAUCAAACGGACUCGAAGUCACAGUCAGGCUUGUCCCUCGUCUGACUUAUGGUUUGGAUGAAGACCAAGCAGGACCCAAUGCCGACCCAAAGAGGAAGCGGCCCAACGCUUUCAAUCAGCCAGCAAUCAACAUUGCCAAUCGUCCACCCCAGCGUCUGUUCAACGAGCACGAGGCCAAGAAACGUCAUGAUCGAUUCCUGCAACAAAAUCGAGGGCUCGUGGGCCGAUCUUGGACCUACAAGGGCGAUCUCUACGAGGAUGGUUUCCUGGUCAAGGAUUUUAAACUACAGCAUCUGAUCACCGAGAAUGUCAAUCCAAGACUCGAUGAAAUCACCAAGCUUACCAGAACCGCUGCAGAUGGGUCCGAACAUCUAGAUCUCGAAUCCUUAGCUCACAGUCUCCGCAAUUCGACCGCGGAGGGUAGCUACAUACCUGGCGACGAGGUCGAGGUUUAUGAGGGAGAACAGAGAGGAAUUGUUGGUAAAAUUGAGGCAGUUGUCGGCAACAUCAUUUCAAUCAUGGUCUCCGAAGGAGAACUCAUCGGUCAGGUCGUGGAGGUCCCUGUCAAAGGGCUACGAAAGCGAUUUGCUGAAGGUGACAAUGUUAAGAUCAUUGGUGGAAGCAAGUAUCGCGACGAAGUCGGCAUGGUCCUCCGGAUCAAAGAUGACAAGGUCACCGUUCUCACCAACACCAGCAACGAGGAAAUUACCGUCUUCAGCAAGGAUCUCCGCGAGGCGACAGAUGCUGGCGGGGGAAGUGCUGGUGGGAGCAAGUUUGAUGUGCAGGAACUGGUCCAGAUGGAUCCCACGACUGUUGGAGUGGUUGUUAGAGCCGACCGUGAAUCAGUCAGAAUCCUUGACCAGAACAGCUCCGUCAGCACGAGGAUGCCGUCCCAAAUCUCCAAAGUUGAGGUGCGAAAGAAUGCCGUCGCAACCGACAAGAAUGGAUCGGAAAUUCGAUUGGGUGACGUUGUGAAAGAGUCAGGCGGCGAGGGCAAGACUGGUACAAUCUUGCAUAUCCACCGCGGCUACGUCUUUGCACACAAUAAGCUUGGGAUUGAGAACGCUGGACUGUGGGUGAACCGGUGCAAUAACGUCAUCACCACAGCAGCCAAAGGUGGUCGAAUCACGGCACCGACAACCGACUUGACGAAAAUGAAUCCAGCUUUGCAGAUGAGAAACAGACCGGAAGCAAUGGCGCCUCCUCAGCGUCCUGGACGAGACCCCCUUCAAGGCAAGUUUGUUCACAUUAACAAAGGCACCUACAAAGGCCACCGGGCUAUCGUCAAAGAUACGACAGCCGGUGAGGCCCGACUUGAGCUUCAGACGAAGAACAAGACCAUCACUCUCAACAAGUUCGAAUUGUCCAUCAUUGACAACAACUCUCAAAACAAAACCAGAUAUGAAGACUGGAUCAAAAUGCGUGGUGGUCCGUCAGCCAUGCGUGCAGGUCCAGGUGCGCCAGGGUCUCGUGUCCCCGAUGCCGGCUUUGGCGGACGUACUCCUAUGGGCGUCAUGGACGGUGGACGAACUCCGGCGUGGGGCUCAUCAUCACGAACGCCGGCAUGGGGAGGCGGUGGUGGUGCUGGAGGUGGUAUGGAUUCCGGACGAACACCGGCCUGGAAAGCGCCAUCAGGGUCGCAGACUUCGUAUGGUGGAGGAGGCAUGACUUCAUACGGUGGCGGAGGUAUGACAUCCUACGGCGGUGCAGGAAACUUCUCCGCCAACACGGGGAGUCGGACACCUGCGUGGAAUUCGGGGUCGAAAACGCCGUACGGGGCUGGCGGUGAAGGAUUUGGCGGCAGCGAUGGUUUUGGUGCUGGUUCUCGUACACCAGCAUACAAUACAUCUUCGUCACGGACACCUGCAUGGAGCGGACUCGGCAGCGCGGCAACACCAGCGGCACGGCCAUACGAUGCACCAACCCCUGCGGUCUCGGCGCCUACUCCAGGUGCUCGGUUUGACGACGAUGCAUAUACUCCAUACCUUUCGGCACCGACGCCUGGUGGGAUGCAAGAUGCUCCAACCCCGGCUCCGCACUAUGCUCACGGGGCCAACAAGGAUCCCCUCAAGUACAACCGACUUGGAGGCUUUGACGCGCCGACUCCCGCCGCCAGUGCGCCGACACCGUAUGCGAGUGGUGCUUUUGAUGCGCCGACUCCAGCAGCAGGUGGACCGCGAUAUGCAGAUGAUGACGACGAGGACUAGAAGCGCGCGGUGUUGGGAGGAGCGCAUGAGUAUCAAGAUGAAAGCGAUCUGGAUUGCAAUCUAGGGCGCGAUCAGGGAAGUGUACCAUUAUGAUGACGCGUCAAGUCCAGACUUUGGAUUGCCGCAGGACUGCACCAUGGCGGCCGAAAUGUGGACUGCUAAAAAGCGAGAUACGGGGCAGCAGCGACAUUGGUCUUCUUCUAGCACCUAGCUCUCGCAAUUUGAAUGGGUUACCCCUGAAUAUUAAUCAUUCAGUAUGUAUGAUA